AUGCCAUCAAGUGACGAUACUGUUUCGCCAACCUCAAUGGUAGCGACACAUCCUCGACCACGAUCUGUUCUACUAUCAACCUUACUGGUCCAUAUCUCGUCGAUAAACAAGGAAACCUAUACUUUCCGAGCACUAUUGGACACCGGAUCCCAGGUCAGCUUUAUAACAAAAAAUUGUGCUGAUCGCCUGUCACUAACUCAACGCCGCUGUUCGUCUAAGGUAAACACUUUCUCCGGGACGUCAGUAAACGCAGUGUCUGGCAUAACAUCAAUCGAGCUGGUACCAGUGGGUAAAACUGAGCCCCGCAUCUCGCUCGAUGUCUUUGUGGUUAACAAAAUUACCGAUGCAACACCGCAGUCAAGUCUUUCGUUCACUUCAUGGUCUCACAUCAGCAACUUGGAAUUAGCAGAUCCGACGUUUCAUCUAUCUGGUCCAGUUGACAUCUUAUUAGGAGCUGAUGUCGCACCAACCAUACUGACUGGCACCCGCGUCGCAGGGCAUCCAUCAGAACCAACAGCCUUUGGUACCAUAUUUGGAUGGAUUUUGAUGGGACCAAUAUCACAAACAUCCAACAAACCAGCUACCUCAUUGUUAGUGACCACAACCGAAACACUAGAACAGUCGCUAACACGGUUUUGGGAGAUGGAGGAGGCACCAAAGGUACAACACCUUAGUCCUGACGAAGUUCAGGCGGAAACCAUCUUUACAUCUUCAAUAAAACGCCUAGCCUCUGGACGAUUCAGUGUUGCCAUACCAUUCAAACAUCCGCGUCCAUUACUUGGAGAUUCCAAAAGUGGAGCGCUUAGAAGAUUUCAUGCUCUCGAACGGCGUCUGUCUCAAGAUCCAAAUCUGGGCAGUCAAUACGCAGAUUUUAUGCGAGAUUACUUAGAAAGUAAACACAUGGAAGUGGUUCCUGCAAGCAAUAAAAUUACUCCGUAUUGCUAUUAUAUACCGCAUCAUUGUAUCCUUCGUCCGGAAAGUCAAACUACAAAACUUCGUGUAGUUUUCGACGCCUCAGCUCGAACUACCACUGGGCAGUCAUUGAAUUCCAGCGUGUACACAGGGCAGAAGUUACAGCAGGAGAUGAUCCAAAUUUUGAUUCGAGCUCGAGUAAAUAAAUUUGUAUUCACUGCAGAUGUUAAGCAGAUGUAUCGACAAAUCCAAAUCCAUCCAAACGACCGAGACUAUUUGCGCAUUCUUUGGCGCUUUAAAUCAGACUCACCAAUCCAAGAAUAUCGCCUGUGUACAGUCACAUAUGGAACCUCGUGUGCUCCUCACCAAGCCUUGCGUACAAUGCAGUACCUGGCGACAAUGGAAGAGUCAAACUUUCCAAUUGCUGCUAACGUGCUGAAGAACGACAUGUUUGUUGACGACAUUCUUACCGGCGCCCAGUCAGAAGAAGACACACUUUUCUGUCAACAACAGGUGAUUGCUCUGUGUGCUCAAGGGAAAUUCCAACUGAGAAAAUGGGCUAGUAAUCUACCCAGCGUCUUGCAAGCUGUGCCUGCCACUGAUUGUUCCAUGGAUCCCGCGGUAUUGUUUGACGACGAUGGACAAGCAAUACUCAAGAUCCUCGGCAUGCAUUGGAACCCUAAGCAGGACUAUUUUUCAUACAAUUAUCAUAGUCCGAGCCUUACGACCACAAAACGUUCGGUUCUAUCAGAUAUGGCACGUAUCUUCGACCCAUUAGGUUUCUUGGCACCUGUUAUUUUCCUGGCCAAAUAUGUAAUGCAACUAUUAUGGACGUCCGGAAUUGGUUGGGACGAUCCCGUUCCCGAGCAAAUACUAAUGAUGUGGAAACGGUAUCAACAAGAGCUUAAGUGCAUACAGACAUUGACUAUCCCUCGUCGGAUCACGUCGGAUGGGCAUCCAUCGUAUGAGUUACAUACUUUUUCCGAUAGCUCCGAAAAGGGAUAUGCCGCUGCAGUUUAUCUACGGUGUAACAAUGGUUCCAUGGUCCAAUGCUACCUCAUCACGGCAAAAUCGAAGGUAGCCCCCCUUAAACGCGUCACCAUUCCACGUUUGGAACUCUGCGGCGCCCUACUCGCCGCAAGACUGUUGCGCUCAGUACAUGACAUUCUCGUCUCCAUCAUCCACAUCACCGCAAUGCACGCGUGGACCGAUUCAACCACAGCUCUAGCAUGGAUAAAAUCGUCACCUCAUCAAUGGACAACGUUCGUUGCCAAUAGAACAAGCCAACUACAGGAACUCACACCACCAUCCAUUUGGCGUUAUGUUCCCACGAGUGACAACCCUGCCGACUGUGCCUCAAGAGGACUCUAUCCGUCUGAAGUUCUUCAUCACCCACUCUGGUGGACUGGUCCCAGAUUUCUUUCUCAGAACCCCAAUACAUGGCCACCAACAGCUACCCACAAUGACAGUGAUGCAACAAAUUCAGAAGAACGUAAAACUACUCUAGUAAUAACUAUCAACCAGAAUAUCUUCGAAGAACUGUUAAACAAGUUCUCAUCACUCUCUACAAUCAUACAUAUUGUCGCGUACUGUUCAAGAGUCUUCAACAAAUCCAACCCAAGCACCAUGCAGCUGUCUCCUUGUGAACAAGUAAAAGCCCUGAACCGGAUUAUUCAAGCAGUGCAAAGGCAAUCAUUUCCGGAUGACUUCGCACAACUAAGUAGUCACUCCGGUACUGGCACUAGUAACCUACGAAAGCUCAGUCCAUUCCUAGAUGACCAAGGAAUCAUACGUGUGGGUGGACGACUAAGGCAUGCAACCAUUCCAUAUGAACAGAAGCAUCCAAUCCUUCUGCCACGCUCCCACCGACUAACGAACCUGCUUAUUGACGAUUUUCAUCAACGGCAUAAACAUCCCGGUGCCACAACGCUGCAAACAAUUAUUUCACAGCAAUAUUGGAUAAUAUCUAGUCGCCAAAUUAUUAGAUCAAGAUUAAGGCGCUGUAUUGCGUGUUACAAAACACGCCCACGCAAUUCACAACCCUUCAUGGGUGACAUGCCUAAGUAUCGGUUGCAACAGAUAAAACCAUUUAUGACAACAGGCGUGGAUUACGCCGGUCCAAUAGUAUUAAGAUCUUCAACCACGCGGCGAACCGUGCCCAGUCAAGCCUACAUCUGCCUCUUUGUAUGUAUGUCAACCAAGGCAUUACAUUUAGAAGUUGCCUCUGACUUAUCAACGGAAACUUUUCUGAUGGCUCUGUGUCGAUUCAUCUCCAGACGCGGACCAAUUAAAGAAAUGCACAGUGAUUGCGGAACCAAUUUCACAGGAGCGGCUAAAUUACUCCAGCCUGUCGAUCAAUUCACCCGUUCCAAGGAGUAUCAACACCAGUGUCAAGCUUACUUAACAGCUCGGAACAUCCGUUGGCAUUUCAACCCCCCGUCCGCUCCUCAUUUCGGAGGAUUAUGGGAGGCUGGGGUCAAGUCCGUAAAAACGCUACUUUACCGAACUCUUGGGCUUCAACGACUGACAUAUGAAGAAUUGAACACAUUGCUGAGUCGUAUCGAAGCUACAUUAAACUCUCGUCCGUUGGGUGCCUUGAGUUCAGAUCCAUCAGACUUUGAGGCCUUCACUCCGAGUCAUUUUCUCACCCUCAUGACUAGUACCGCAAAUGUUGAACCCAACCUGGAUAAUAUUCCUUUAUCUCAUUUUCAGAGGUGGAGACUGAUCAAGGACCUCCACACCCAUUUCUGGAAAAGAUGGCAAAAUGAAUACCUACAAACUCUCCAACAGCGCACCAAAUGGACAAACCAUAGUGACAACUUGACACCCAAUAUGUUAGUCCUAGUUCGAGAGCCCACAUCUCCACUGCUCUGGAAACUCGGACGGAUUCUCUCGUUGUCUCCCGGCCAGGAUGGGAUUGCUCGAGUUGCUACUGUUCAAACCACCACCGGAAUCAUUAAGAGACCAAUUGUGAAGCUUUGUCCACUUCCAGUCUGUUAA